AUGUGGAAGCCCGUAUGCGUCACGACGCUGCUCCUUAAACCAGUGGCGCAGGAGCUGCCAGUGACAGAGAACGGAAUCAAUUGGAAAGCUUUGAUUCUGAGCCUUCCAACGCCCGAGAACACCGAGGUUUUGGGUUGUGGCAUACGUCGAGUUCUUUUCAAGCGUGCGGACUGCAUCUACGAUGGCAUCUACCGCUUUCAUGUGGAAAGGCGCGACUUGACACAAGCGAUGUUCCAAUUUCGGGAUGCGUAUGACGACCCAUAUCACCACUACAAGGACAAGUCGUUCAAAGACGACGUGGACACUGCUUUGCGGGCUGCAAUUCUCCCGCACUUAGUCCAAUUCAAGGAGCUCCAUUGCAAAGACAGCCAGAUGGAGUUGGUCAGUCACAUCUCUGGGACAGCUUUGCCAUGGGAGAAGGCUGUGGCCACAGGGAGGGGGACCAGAAGAACCAUACCACCACCACAGGUCCAGCAUUUUCCUGUCACCUUCAGAGUUCUUUUGGAUUCCUUUCUCAACGAGAAUCAGAUCGAGUUGGAAAACAUCAAGCUGGAAUACUGUGAAGAACACGGAUACAAGAUAAAGGAUGCAGAGCUCAAGGACAAAUGGCGGCUUUACCAUCGGAGUCAUGGGCAAUACCGCCGCUUUGCCUAG